CAGGUGAGGGAUGGGUUUGUGUAAAGCAGCCUGGGGGCAGAAGGACAGCUGGAUGUGGUGUUCAGGUGAGCAGUGGGUUUGAUUAAAGCAGCCUGGUGGCAGAAGUACAGCUGGGUGUGGUGUUCAGGUGAGCAGUGGGUCUGUGUAAAGCAGCCUGGGGGCAGAAGAACAGCUGGAUGUGGUGUUCAGGUGAGAAGUGGGUUUGUGUAAAGCAGCCUGGUGGCAGAAGAACAGCUGUAUGUAGUGUUUAAAUGAAAAGGGGAUUCAUGAGCAGACUGGGGGCUCAAUAGCUGCUGUAGCUUUGAGGAGAGUAGAGAGUUAGUGAAAGUGAAAGCUCUGUUAGCUGAAGGGGGGAGUUUCUGUGUUUAGUUGCCUGGCGCUGUCUUUCAUUCUCAGAUGACCGGCUCCUCUCUCAGUGUCAGAAUUGGCAGUGCGACAAGGAUAAACGUCUUGCACAACAGACCAUCCUGAAAGAAGAAAAGCAUGGCUGCUCUGCUUGUCCUGCUCACUGCGCUGAUUUUCGUCUCUGUGGGAAAUGCUGAUAACAGGAUCCUUGACCUGAAAUGUGCGCCGGCUUAUGGAGAGGUUGGGAAAACAACAAAAAUCUCCUGCUCUUUCAAAUCUACUUCUGUGGAUCAGGACAUUAAUAUUAAUGCAGUGUCUGUACUGAAGCGGGGCCAAGAAAAUCCAGUGUUUUCAUUUUCGAACAAGAUCGGAACUGAAGACUCUCGAUUUAAACUUCCCUCUGUAAACAAUCCUUCUCUGGAGCUCGUCAACACUACUGUCUCUGAUGAAGGUGAAUAUAAUUACCAGAUUGUAACCAGCCGUGGCAUGGUGACUGACAGAUCAUUCAGGAUCGGCGUCACAGCCAAGUACCAUGAACCAACUACCAUCUCCUGGCCAGAAAAGAUUGAGGAGGGUGGUAGUGUUGAUCUUUAUUGCAAUGCUAGUGGUGGUUAUCCAGCAGGAUCCAUUCAGUGGUUUGACAACACAAACACCGACUGGACGAAGAGUGCCACACUGAAGACCACAGAGGGUGAAGACAAACUGGUGCAGCUGUCCAGCAAACUGACUUUCAAAAAGAUCGACUUGAACUGGGUGCCCUUCAGGUGUGUCGUCCUCAACAGCAAAUUUGUCAAAGAAAGAGAGAGCACCUUCCAUCUAAAGUUUACAGGUGUUGACAAAGGUUCUUCAGUCACUGUUAGUGUUGUUUUGAUGGUCACUGGCAUCAUCGUCGUGGCAGUUCUAAUGGGGCUCCUGUUCCGGAGAAGACGCAUUCAGCAAGGCCGAAGACCUUCAGCUCAACCUAUUCUGAGAGCUUCUGCAGUGCGUACUACUCUAAAUACGGAUGAGGAAGAUGAUGAGAAUGAGGAUGGGAAUGAGGCUAAAGCAGAGGGGCAGAUUGGAGAAUGUUUCAGAAAAGCAACUACUGAACAGGACACAUAAGUGAUUCGACAAGAACUAAUUGGAAGAAGUAAAGACAUUUUCAAAGGGAUAUUCCAGGAUUUGUCUGCAUAAUCAGGUUUUUUUUUGCAGUGUCUGUCAAGGAUGGUGACUUAAUGUGGAUAAUAAUGUGAUUCUUUGAACAACGCAAAAAAAUAUCUUAAAUUUUUUUUUUCAAUGUGCUGAUGCUGAACCUUCUAAUCUUAACUGGGGGGUUCUGUUCAGCUGCUGAGCAUUGGCUGCUUUCGCUUUACCAGCCUGAAGUGACUUAAAUCUGUUUCCAUAUUAGGUUAAGGUGUGACCAUGUGACCUUUACCAGAAUGAUCAGAUGAAAAUUCACAUAAUGAUCAGAUAAUUUGAGUAUUUGUACUCCCUAGGUAGUGCACUAGAUAGGCCAUGAAAAUUGUGGCUUUGAGACCUUUGAACUGUGAAUAAUUAAUGGCUAAAAAUGUGCCAAAUGCACAAAGCUCUGCACCACGCUAGUUAACCUGUAUGAUUGGUCAGUUUGACCAGCUUUACCAAACUAGUCAACCAGACUACUAGCUUGAUAAUCAGCUUGGUCAAGCCAAUCACACUGAUAGACCAGCAAAUUCAUUGUAAAUUUCUCCAAUAUCAAUAAGCUAUGUGCUAAAUGCUUUUUUUUUUUUUUUUUUACUUU